AUGGGUUUCAUCGACUUCGUUUCCGACGCUGGCCUCACUCUCCUUGAGAACUGGACCCAGACCCGUUCUUACAUUGUUGGCUACGGUCCUUCCCAGGCCGAUGUCAAGACCUUCCAGGCCCUGAAGGCUUCCCCUGAGGUCGCCAAGUACCCCCACGCUGCCCGCUGGUACAAGCACAUCGCCUCUUUCGAGUCCGAGUUCUCCUCGCUUCCCGGUGACCCCACCAAGGAGUUCACUGCCUACGGUCCCGAGUCUGCUGAGCUCACCGUCAACCCCUCCAAGGCCACUGCCAACGCUGAGGACGAUGACGAUGAUGAUGUCGACCUCUUCGGUUCCGACGACGAGGAGGAGGAUGCCGAGCACGCCCGUAUCCGUGAGGAGCGCCUCAAGGAGUACGCCGCCAAGAAGGCCGGCAAGACGAAGCCCGCUGCCAAGUCGAUUGUCACCAUGGACAUCAAGCCCUGGGACGAUGAGACCGACAUGAAGCAGCUCGAGGCCAACGUCCGUUCCAUCGAGAAGGACGGUCUCGUUUGGGGUGCCUCCACCCUGGUCCCCGUUGGCUACGGUGUCAAGAAGCUCCAGAUCAACUUGGUCGUCGAGGACGACAAGGUCUCGCUCGAUGAGCUCCAGGAGCAGAUUGCCGAGGACGAGGACCACGUCCAGUCCAGUGACAUUGCUGCCAUGCAGAAGCUGUAA